CGAGGUGCGCAGGAGCUACUCAGUAGCUUCUGCUCCCAGCGCAGUUACUCUGCCACCACCGUCUAUGCCACCUCCUCCGCCUCCGCCACCACCGCCUCCAAACUUCUUUGCGCCCGCCCAGGUGGUUAUCCGCAAGCAACGCCCCCGGGACCCAACGAGAGCGCAGGUGGAAAAGUCUCACGAGGCGAUGCUCGCAGAAGUCCUCAAGGGUCUCAGCACGGUCAAGCUAAAGAAGGUCGAAAAGUCACCAAGUGGCACUCCUCUGCGGAAGAGUGGAGAGCCAGACUCGUCCACGGCUACGGAUCCGGCUGGCAUGCUGGCUAACGCACUCAAGAAGCGCUUUGUGCACAUCCACCCUCCAGACAGCUCAGACGACUCGGCCGCGGAGGCAUGGAGUCCGUCCUCGCCAGAUGUACAGGUCAAGCGCAGGGUCGGCAAACACAAGCAGGCGGCUCUCCGGCCAUCGUAACCUGGAGAUGUCCACCGUGCUGUCGCCAAUGCAAGAAGUGGGCGCGUGAAACCAACAGGGCUUUCAGGCUGCACGUGGAUAGUUCCGGCUGCAUUCCCGGCCAUUGUCUCGGCGUGGGCCUUCUCACGUGUCGUUAACACUGACCACACACUGACUGUGCACGAGUCACGGUCGUCGAACAGAAUGAGACUGUCUGCGCCAUUUUUGUACACCAAGAUACGUGACAUUUGUGUAAAUUCACCAGCAGUGGAGCUGCAACAUUCUUCAAGUGGUGUU